AUGGCUGAUGCCUCGCUGAAUGCAGAAUCUCAAUACCAGGAUGACACCGACCACGAGUCCAGAAAACUGUCAUCAAACCCUGAACCUUCUGGAAAUCAAGACGCUUCACCACAAGAGUCCCCUGCACUGAAUUCCAUGAACACUGAUGGAUUUGGAGCUGGCGUUGAAACUCCGACGGAUCGACAACAUUUUUUUGAGAGUUUGAUUCAGUUUUACGAUGCUCAGCCAAGAAGACUUAUGCCCCGUCCCGAAAUCCCAAGAUUCAACGCGGAAGUACACGUGGACAACAACGAUGACUAA